CCAGCGGCAGGUCAUUGGCGACAAAGCCAUUGUGCAAGGAACACACAUCUGCACGACGGCCUGAGGCUGACACACUACUACAAACGCCCAAACAGCCGUCGAGGAGAACGGCCAUGACCCGCAACCCGGGUAUCCUGCUUACCGCCGUCUGUGGCUGCUGGCUGCUGCUCGCGCGGGUGCACGGCGACCUGCCCAAGGUGCCGGACGCGGACAUCACACCGCCUCCUAUGGCGGUGAACUCGAACGGCUGGCGGCCGGUGCCAACUUCCUCCCAGAAGUCAACGAUUCCGCCCAGCAGCCGUGCUGAGUCCAUGCGCCACCCAGUGUACAGUAAGUUUCAGGCGCACAUGCAGAUAGCGGAGAGGAACAAGCGCCUGCAGAAUGCCGCUUCCUCCAACAAGGUGGAGACAUAUGCGGUGGCACCUCCCAGCAUCCUAGGCUCCUUCAGCGUGUUUGGCCACGCCACCGUGAAGACGCGCGACAGGAAGAAGAGCGUACCGGAACACCUUGUGCCGCCCCCCAUGCAGCAGGCCGAGAGCGAGCAGCACUUCCGCUAUGAGCACCCGACGUACUACUUCCAGGAGCAAACAAAGACAAAGCCGUUCCUCCCGUCACAGCAGAUCGAGGAAUUUCCGGCCGCGUACUCGUCCAUCGGACACGUCGAAAACUUCGAGCCAUUCUACAAGACGUUCUCGCACACAACGACUACGUUCGGGGACAGUGACGUCAAAUUCCUGCCGCAGUCGGUCGGCAUGCAGGUGAGCGGUUCUGCGUCGUUCCAGAAGCCCGGACAGGUGCAAGAUGUGCCACUUCACCCUAGCAGGCUGAACGGGGCGACAGGACCUCACUUGUCUGACCAUUCCUAUAUCCUCUCUGGGUCUACACCAUUCACAUCGUUCGAAGAUCAGGUGUACGUAACUACGUGGCCGUCCGCGCCACCACAGCAGAGGGAGCAGUACGUCCCGAAACCGUCCCUGCGACCAGCAGAGAAGUCGCGUGUCACCCGACCCUACUUCCAGGAGAUCAACAAGAACCGCGCUGAGAGUGAGGAGGGUUCGUUCACACCAACGAGCCAGACGUACAUAAGGAAACCCGUGUUCCUCGAGGAAACCACAAUUCCGUCCCAUCAUAUCAAUGAGGUGCGUAGGCGCAAACCAGUACUGCCCACUCCUCUUACCGAGGAAGAGAAUAUCGAUCAGCCCAAAGAACCGUACCCCUUCCCAGACUUCCAGAGCAAUGUGCGUUCCCAACAGUCGCAGGGAAUUCGCCUGCCGGCCACUUCCGUGCCGGAGGAAGGGGAAAUACUGAAGGAACAGGAUGUGCAGGACCAACGAACCAGACGACCUGUAAACCGCAUUCCAGCAACCUCGUUGGACAUAAUGCGUGUUCGGCGACCAAGCUACAGUCAGAAGCAGCCAGCAGGCGAACGCACGAGGCGACCAGUCAGCCGGAACAAGCCAUCCCAGGAAGAGCAAAAGCAUCGCAAACGACGGCCAAUCCUGGAGGAACUUACGACACAGCCGAGCAUCGCCGACGCGGAGGACACACCUACCGCGCCGCUGCUGCUCGACUCUUCUGAAUUCCAACUGAGAAAGAAAAUGCCCGCCUCCGACAGAGGACGGGGAAAGGAACGAACCCGUGCCCGCCCGCCCAAGCCGCUGACUACUGAGAAGCCGGUUACCGAAUCGCCGUGGAGUAGCGACGGCUACGUGUACGAUCCCGAGCUCCAAAGCACGUCACACGAGUUGUAUGAGCCUAAUACUUUCAACGAAGUCACUGACGAAGACUUCAUUUCUACCAAGUCGGGCUCUCAGACCACUGUUACCAGCACAACGACGACAACGCCCACCACCACCACCACCUCCACCACCAAACCGCCAUCUACUACCACCGCGAGAUCCAGGCUUCGUUUCCCGACCAACACGACGCGCCCGAGGUUCAGCCUCAGAGGCCACAAGGAGCGCUUGGAACGUUUGUCGGCGAUGACGAAGAAUCUAGAGUCCGAGACGAAGCCGGAAGAGAGCGAAACGAGUCGGGGGCGGAACCGCUCCAGAGGAAGCAGCACGCAAGAGGACGAGGAGCCGGACAGGGGCCGAGUGCGGCAGAGGGAAUCGCAGCAAGGGCGACUUCGCUCCUCCACAACCACCAGCACGGAGACAAGUGUGACCACAGUACCCAGCACGUCCGCAGAGCGAGUGAACCACUUCAAACCGAUCAGCAGCCGCUACCGACCCGGGGCUAGCAAACAUUACAGCGGGUAUCGAACCAGGACUACCGAGUCGGCGGGCGACGCCCACACCAGUGCCUCUUCCACAACGCCUCGCACGGUGGCCAAAUCCGCGUUUUCGGUGACCAGAAAGCCUUUCCCGCUACGGACACGGCCGCCACGCGUGACCACCAGCAGCAGCACCACCACCAGUACGGAGCAGGUGCAACCGGCAGAGGACUCUGCCGUCAGUGACAGCAAGCCAGUUUCCAUAGUCACGGAGGUCAGCAAGGAUAUCGCGAAUGACGAGGCCACGGAGGACAAGAUUCUUCCCGUGAUGUCCGAGAAGGUGGACACCACGACCACAGCCGACGAGGCUGAGCCGCUGGCCACCAAUCCGCCCUCAUCUGAGCAGGACACAAUUUCCCCCUCGCAGAUUGUAGCUGACCUCACAUCCGCAGCCAAUUCUGGCGGCUACUUCAGCAAGCACUCCAACUCCAACCUGAGGAUCACCAUGGCGACUGAGGACCCCAUCCUGCCCAUCGAGGCAUUCUUUCCAGUCAGAUCCAGCAGAGACGUCCUAAGCUAGCGCGGGCUUUGUUUAUUGUGUUUAUUUAUGAAUAUGAGGAGAUACCAAAGCUGACACAUUUCUCCGGUCCCGUGGAAUGUGAAAGAAGCAACGCGCCUGGGCGUAUCCUAUCCUUGUGUCAUGAACGUAACCAAUCAUUAGACGGAAGAGGUCAGGAGAUAACAAGAAAGCUAUUGUUCGUACAGAAAAGUAGUGUCAGCCGGGUGCUCUUCGCCCGGCUUAUGGGAUAAAUGCCUACUUAAACACUUCCUCUGCAGAUUUAAGGUUCAGGACAACAAAAAUUUAAGUACUUACGUUUUGCUAGAAGCCAAAUCCUUUGCAUGAAAGAACGGGCCACAUUUCAGUGGCUAAAUACCGUUUUAAACGCCAUGUUGGUUUGUGUUCAAACACAAGAAACCCGCCGGAACCAGAACUUUCAAACCGCGUUACAAACCCCAACUACUGAGACACAGCGGAAAUCUGAGUUACAUGUGCCCAUUUCACAUCUCGAGCACCGAAGUAACACGAAACUUCUGCUGUUUCGACUCACAAGUAUCUGGAAGGCGAGUGGCGACGCGGGUCCCAGUGGUAGCCCCAGGCUAAAAACAGUUCAGUUGGCACUGCAGAAAGUUGUUUUACCUCGUCCUAAUUAUGGUUUUUCUAGCGCAUUCCGUUUUCACUGAAACUGAGAGUUAAAUACAGUCUAAACAGAUAUCGAGGGUACCUGAAUGGUCGAACAUACUCGCCGUAUCCUGUACUUCGCCUGGGUCCUGUCUGAUCUUACUUAUGCAAAGGACUGUCUGGCGUAAACAGGAUCUGCAUCAGACUCGCAGACUGAAAUGUGUUAUGAGAGGACGUCUGUGAACUCUGAACUGGGAAGGACGUAGGAAAAAGAAUACUAGCCUAUUUUAAGUUACUAUUCUGGAAUUUGCAUUGCUUAACUGAACUGUCAAUAAUUAAAGCCAGCCUCCUGUUGGGAGUCUUGACCGGGAGACGAUCCGACUGUAACCAACACACAAUCUGCACCUCCACACACAAAAGUUUCUUCAAAUCUUCUUUCACUUUGUCCUAUAUGUGAUACGUCCACAACUUGAAUUUUGUGCUUUGUUGGCUGGUCAAAACUUGGAUGGACAUUUAUGUACUGUUGAUCACUCAGUAGCCAUGACAUCGGACUGGUAACAAAACUUUCAUUAAUUUGUUUUCUAUUAAAAUGGUCUGUAAAUAAACAACCAAAUAUUAUGUUUACAUUGAA